GGGAAGACCGGGAACAAAGUUGGUUAUUUUCAGUCUCUAAUCUCCAGUCUCCAGCCUAUACCAUUAAAUUUGAUUAACAUUCCAGAUAUGAAGUGAGAGUAAUUCUUUGAUAUUUUUGCAAUGUUUGAUAAGAUAAACUCGUCGCGAUAAGAGUAAUCAGAAUUCGAAAUAUAUAGAACAAGGUGGUUGAAUUUUAGGCGCGUGCAAUUACAUGCACAUUGUAGCAUAUUGCAAGUUACCAAGAAACACUUUAAAGCCUUCAAUAUGGCACAAAGAUCUGGUGCAGUUAAGUUAGCUAAACUUCGCGAAUUAAUGGAAGUUGUUCAAGUAGGUGGCAUUAAGGGAAAGAGUAUUCAAGCUUUAAUUGUAAAUUCAGACGAUGCUCAUCAGUCAGAAUAUUUAAGAGAACGAGAUAAAAGGAUCCGUUUCAUAAGCGGUUUUACUGGUUCUUUUGGUACUGCCAUUAUUACACGAAACAAAGCUUUGUUAUGGACAGAUGGAAGAUACUAUGUACAAGCUUCAGCAGAAUUUGAUCCACCAGAAGAAUGGACGCUUAUGAAAGAAGGUUCAUUGGAUACACCAACAAGAGCUGCAUGGUUGGUUUCUAAUUUACCUCCUAAAUCUACAGUUGGUGCUGAUUCUAACUUAAUGAGCUAUACAGAGUGGGCUGUCUUACAUACCAGUUUAACUGCUGCUGGUCACUGUUUGAUGCCUCUUCAAGAGAACUUAAUUGAUAAGGUAUGGGGUAACGAACAACCAUCUGCUGCAGGUAACAUUAUUCUACCUCAACCAAUGCAAUUUUCUGGAUGCACUUCAGGAAAGAAAAUUGAAUUAUGUAGAGAGGCAAUGAAUAAACAGAAAGCAAAAGUGCUUGUAAUCACAGCUUUGGAUGAAGUAGCAUAUAUUUUAAAUUUGAGAGGAUCCGAUAUACCUUACAAUCCUGUUUUCUUUGCAUAUGUCAUUCUUACCUUAAAUGAUUUGCAUUUAUUCAUUGACAAAAGUAAACUGAGCGAGAAGGCUCAACAACAGCUGGUAAAUGAAGAAGUAAAUGUUGUUUAUCAUUCUUAUGAAGAUAUACAUAAUUUUUUGAGAGAAGUAGCAAGCUCCUGCACAAAUGAUGAAAAGAUAUGGAUAAGCAAUGGUUCUAGUUAUGCUUUACAUGCCGACUGUGGUGAAGUAAAGAAACAUACUGCUAUUACUCCCAUAAAUAUUAUGAAAGCUAUAAAAAAUAAUGUUGAAAUAGAAGGAAUGAAAGCAGCUCACGUACGAGACGCGGUUGCGCUUGUAAAAUAUUUUGCUUGGUUGGAAGAUCAAAUCAUAAAUAAGAAGCAAACUGUUACAGAAAUAUCUGGAGCAACUCAACUUGAACAGUUUAGGAAGGAACAGGAACAUUUUAUGGGACUUAGCUUUCCUACAAUAUCUUCAGUUGGGCCUCAUGGAGCAAUAAUCCAUUACCUGCCAACACCAAAGACAGAUGUACCAAUUACAGACAAGGAACUUUAUCUGUGCGAUUCUGGCGCACAAUACCAAGAUGGCACUACAGAUGUUACGAGAACGUUGCACUUUGGUGACCCUACGAAUUUCGAACGCGAAUGUUUUACGAGAGUAUUCAAGGGUCAGUGCCGACUUUCAUCCAGUAUUUUCCCUUUAAUGAUACAAGGAAAUUAUCUGGACACGCUUGCGCGUGAAAAUUUAUGGAGCGUUGGUCUUAAUUAUCUUCAUGGUACGGGACAUGGAGUAGGUUCGUAUUUAAAUGUUCAUGAAGAACCUAUUGGUAUUUCUUGGAGACCAUAUCCUGAUGAUCCAGGUUUACAACCCGGCAUGUUUCUUUCAAACGAGCCAGGAUACUACGAGGAUGAAAAGUUUGGCAUUAGACUGGAAAAUAUAGAAUUAGUAGUAAAGGCAAAUACACCCUAUAAUCACAAAAAUCGUGGCUUUCUUACUUUUGAAACCGUUACGUUGGUGCCUAUACACACUAAGCUACUUGAUCUAUCCUUAUUAACAGAUAAUGAGGUAUGCAUUCGAUUUGUUUCUUAUAUUUUAAUUAUCUUAAAACAACUAAUUAUAACUUUUUUUCAGAUCGAGUAUUUAAACAAUUAUCAUCAAAGAUGUUUGAAUACUCUGAGGCCUCUAUUACAAGGACCAGAAAACGUUCAAGCACUCAAAUGGUUGGAAAGAGAAACUCGACCUAUCUCGAAGUAACUAUGAAUUUAAAAGAAUAAGUUCUAACAAAUUGCAUUUCUUAU